CUAUUUGAUGCUAUCAACUGCCUGGCAAAAGAGAAUGUCCGAUUGCUUGUGCUGGGCCGCAAACACAUGCUGAUGAACUCUUCAAAUUGGAAAAGAGAGAUUAUGAAGCAGAUGCAGAAUAAGGCAGACUUCUUCUUUGCUGAAAACAUAUCUGAAGAUGAUGCCUUCUUGUUAUAUGCCACUCUUCGAUCAGGCAAGCAUUGCAAGUUUGUUACUAGAGACUUCCUCCGGGAUCACAAGGCUUGUCUUUCCGACAGUCUGACACGUCAUCUGUUCCGUAAGUGGCAGCGUGGACACCAAAUAGUGUUUUCCCCUUCUGUAGAAGGAAAGCAUAUACGUUUUUCGCCUGCUUUCCGUUAUGACUGUGUGGUACAGACUACAGGUGAUACAUGGCAUAUCCCCUAUAAAGACACUUUUGAGGAAAAAUAUUCAUACCAAGUACCAAGAAAAUGGCUGUGCAUUCAGCAGAAACGAUGA